AUGCUGGACAAGGAACUGAGCCUGGGGCGCAUAGCGGGCCCCUUUGAAGCUCCUCCAAUCGAGAAUUUCAAGUGUUUUCCCAUAGCCCUGAGAGAGAAGUCUACGCCGGGCAAAUACAGGCUCCUGCACAACCUCAGCUACCCCUAUACCUCGGAGAGCGAACGCCAAUAUAUCCCGCAGGAGACGACAACAGUGACCUACCAGUCCAUCAACGACGCGGUGGCCUUGGUGGUCAGACGCUCGCCGGGAGCGCACUUGGCGAAGUGCGACAUAGCAGAGGCGUUCCGGAUCGUCCCGGUCCACCCCAGCGACUACCACCUACUCGGCUUCGCCUACGGGGGGUGGUACUACUACGAGAAGAUGCUCAGCAUGAGGGCUGCACCCUCCUGCAGGAUCUUCGAGACGUUCUCCAGCGCCCUGCAAUGGAUCCUCGCGGAGAAGCUCGGCGUGCAGGACGUCGUGAAGGUGCUGGACGACUUCCUCUUCGUGAGUUCUACCUACAACGAGUGCUUGCGGAGCCUGCGGGUGUUCACUACUCUCUGCGAGCGCCUAGGCGUUCCCUUGGCCCCCCACAAGACCGAGGGCCCCUGCCCCUGCCUCACCUUCCUUGGACUUGAAAUCGAUGCCCGGUGUAUGGAGACAAGGCUGCCGGACGACAAGAGGACGAAGUACAUGGCUGCAGUGGAAGACGCACUAGGGGCCGAGAGCCUAAAGGCUCGAGAGCCUUAA